AUGUCGUCAUCACCUAAGCGUCAAGAGUAUUAUUCAAAAGACAAUGAAAACAAAGAAAAAGAUGAGAGUCCAACGACGACAAUAGAAGAACGAAAAAAUGAGAUAAUUGACUCAACUACACCUGCUGAUACAUCGAAAAAUAAAAAACGUGUCCAUUAUCCUCAUAUAAACGACGAACCACCAGCAAUAGAUAGUGUGAAGACGGAUAGUCUUCAUCAGCAACACGAUAAAACGUCUUCAGCCGAUCUGUAUUCCAAAACGAAUAACGGCACUUCGAAGAAGCCAACAACCGGUGAUCAUGUAAUUCCAAUCGAAAAUGAACGUUGUUGUGGUUGUUGUUUACUACCAAAACCAUUGAAUCGACGUUUAAAUGAUGCUUUAAGUCCAUGGCGUGAAUUUUUUUAUUAUCAAUCAAAUUGGAGUUGGGUUGUAUUAAUUGCUUCGUUUUUAACUUAUUCAAUAGGUGAAGCAUUAACAUCAGUUUUUCCAAUCUUAUUUGUUGCUUUACAAGAAGAAUUUCCUAAUGAAGGUUCAUCACGUAUUGCAUUAGUUCAAUCUAUGAUGAAUGCUGUACCAUGUUUAUGUGGUCCAAUAGCAUCAAUAGCAACAACAAGAUUUGGUUAUCGUAAAACUGCAAUGCUCGGUGGAACUAUAACAUCAUUAUCAUUAUUAGCAACUUCAUUUGUCACUCAACUUAAAAUACUCUAUUUAACAAUGGGUAUAUGUUAUGCAUUUGGAAAUUCAUUAGUACUUGUUUCCACUGUUGUUGCUGUAACAGAACAUUUUGAUGCGAAACCAUCGUUUGCAUCUGGUGUAACAAUAAGUGGUGGAGCAUUUGGUCAAUGUUUUUUUGCUAUUGUAUUACAAAAAUUAAUUACAAAAUACGAAUGGAAUGGUACAAUGAUGCUUUUUUCUGGUGUUGUUUUAUCAAUUGUUGCAUUUGGUGCUUUAUUUCGAGAAGUUGAAUGGGAUGAAGAUGAAUAUGAUGAAGAAGAAGGUGAAGAAGAAGAAGAAAUUGAAAAUGGAAAUGAAACAACAACAAUAAUAAUGACAGCAGCUGGAGCAGCUGCAGCGGCAGCAGCUGCUGUACCUCCCGAACAAACUGAGAAUCCAAUUGAUACUACAGAUUCUCCCGUAACGAACAAAGAAGCAGGUGUAGCCACUGUACAUGCUCAUUCAAAUACACCUUUACUUACACAUAAACCAUCAAUAACAGAUGAUAUAUUUUUUUAUGAUCAAUUUUCAAAACAAGAACUACUUGAUCAAUAUUCUAAAUCUGAAAUAUGUUUACCCUUAGCUAUUCGUGAACAAUUAGAAAAUGAAUAUCGUCAACAUCGAAUGGAUCUUGAAAAACAACAACAUGAAGAAAGAAAUUUUAGUGAACAAAAAUUAUCAUCAUCAACAACACAAAUUGAACAAACGGAUGAAAUUGAUCGUGCAGCUGAAGUACCACCGAUUGUCGAACGAUCAAAUAGUUGCAAAGAUUUAACAUUAGCUGAAACAGCUCCAUCAACAACUGAAAAAUCUAUUCGUCCAAAUUUACAAUCAUCUACUACAACGAAUCCUCGAAAACCUCGUUCACAUCGUCGUGGACGUCGAUUAUCAACGUAUACUACUAAUGAUAAUAAACCAGUAGUACUUUAUUAUCCACUUCAUCAUCAACAUCCUAAUAUUCCAUCAGGACCAAGUAGUACUCGUACACAUUCAACACAUCAUCAUCAUCAUCAUCAUCCAUUACAUUGUAAUCGUGGAAAUCUUUCACAUCUAGCAUUAUGUUCAAAAAAUAUUUAUAAUUAUGAAAGUGUCUUAAAUAUAUGUAAAUUACAAUCAUUACAUUUUUCAAUUGAUCGUAGUUUAAGUUUACCAAAUUUAUAUUCACCUCAAAUAGCUGGAAGAAAACGUCAUCGUUCAGUAACAGUACCAGGAAAUAUUGAAGAUUAUUUAGAAGAUGAAGAAGAAGAUGAAGAUGAAAUAGCUAAGAAAAAUUGUUUUCAAUUACUUUAUCGUGAUAUAUGUAAAUUAUUACGUGUUUUACGUAUAUUACCAUUUCUUUUGUUAUGUAUAUGUGUUACUAUGAUAACUAUUUUUUAUGAUGCAACAUGGACAUUUCUUGUUGAUUAUAUGCAAGACAAUAAGUUAAAAACUGAACAAGGUUCACAUUUAAUUUUCGCUGUUGGUGUAAUAGCUAUUUUUGGUGAAAUUGGUUAUGGAUAUAUGGGAGAUUCGAAAAGGAUUUCACCACUUUAUAUAUAUGCUACUUCAUUGUGUAUUGCCGGUCUUUCUCAAUUACUCAUUCCAUAUGCCAUGAUUUCUUAUUCAUUUUUAAUGCCACUGAUGGUCUUUACUGGUUUUUUACAAUGUGCCCAAGAAGUAUUAAUGCCAAUAUUAUGUAUUAAAUUUGCUGGUACACAAAAUUUUGCAAAUGCUUAUGGUAUGCUACUUCUUUGUCAAGGUAUUUCAUCUCUACUGGGUCCGCCUACACUAGGUUUUAUUGCUGAUCUAUAUAAAUCUUAUGAUAGAACUUAUUAUGCUAUUGGCAUUGGCACAGCAUUGCCUGCAUUAUUAUUAUUUACAAUGCCACUUGUACAAAAAUGUUAUAAAGUUAUUUUAGCAGAAUCGAAACAAAAAAAAACUAAUACAUUAGUCACAGCAAGUAAUGGUGAUAUACCAGCACCACCAACAAUCAAUAAUUCACAUAGUGGAACAAUGGCUAAUAUAAAUAAUAAAUAA